AGGGUUUGGUAGUCAUGACAACACCUGCUCAAACAUCUAGACCAGUGAUGUCAAGAUCAGGAACAACUCUCAGUAAUGCUGAUAAAGCUCGGAAAGCUGAGGAACAGAUGAUGCUAGAUAUUGAUCAUGGAACUUUUACUCACAUGCCCAACGUCAAAGAAGGGAUGAAACGGUUGAAUGCAUUAAGGGGAGGCUGCAAAUCCAAAUCCUUACCAAAAGUAUCGAAAAGCUGUGUGUCGCCGUCCGAGAGUUUAUCACCAGAACUUUCAGAAGGUCGACGAACCAGACAGGGAGGAGAAAAUGUGCGACGAUCUUUAGAAGAUGGGAGAAAUAUCACUACACCACGGAAAUCAGUAGCAUAUACACCAGCAAGUAGAAGUAGAACAGGAACGACAUCAUCAAUAGAAGACCUAGAUCUCUGUAUACAAAAUAACAGAUUAUCUCCUGCUUCAACUUUUGAAAGAAGUAAAUCACAUCACAGAAGCGAUUCCGAUCCAUUUUCAUCUCCGAGUCUGUCAGAAUUAACUGUAUCUUAUGAUAAUAUUAUCUCCCUUAGAAGAGGACGAAUUGAGUCUGAUUCUACUACACAAUUUAAUGAAGAAACAGAUGAUGAUGUUUUUAGUGGAGCACAGUCACGUGUGCUUCGUACACCUCUAGACCGCGAAAUAACUGUUCUAAAUAUUCCAACCACAAUCCCAGAAUCCCUUAGUCCUCGAACUUGCCAAAAAGCAACAGUCAGCUAUCUUGAUACCAGCAGACACCAGACAACAGGUAGACAACAGAUGUCAACACCAAUUUGUAUAUCUCAGAGAUCGUACAGUUUUCUUGAUGCUAAACUGGUUGAUGUGGAAGCAGGUGGAAACGGUUCAAAGGAUUCAUCACCAAGGUCAGAUGAAGAAGAUGUACCAUUGAGUCGGGCCGGAUCGCUCAGAUUAAUAAUGGCUGCAGAAUUACUACGCAAUCGUUCUUUACUUAAAGAAGAAUUUGUUCUGGAGGAAAGUCGCACAAGAGAUCCGAUGAUGCAGUCAUCGGGAAGCGAUCCAUUAUCCAGUGGCAGCAGUUUAGCAUCAUCUCCACGAGAUACAGGUAUUAAGACUGGACUAUCUGUUUCAAGCAAGCUUCCUGGAAUAGACGUUCGCACCAACGGCAUAAGUAGUGGAGGAAAACCUGUCAAGCGUAGUCAGAGUUUCACGCAAGGACUAAGAGCAGCCAAUCAGAAUAAAGAAAUUUUUAGUGUACAGCGUCUUUCAAUGAGGAGAGUAAAGGGUCAAAUGCCAAAAAGGGACAAUGUGAACAAUUCUGUGGGUAAUUCCAGUAGUGUUGCUGAAUGUGAAAGAAGUGUUGAUACAAAUGUUGCGCAUAAACUUGAAUCACAAACUUCGAAUGUUAUAAAUGAACGAAACAAUGAUUUAAAAAACAUAGAUGAAAACGACAAUAAAAAAAAUGAUAUAUGUGAUGUGAAUAAGAAUAGUAAUAAAAAGUGUGAAAUGAGUAACAAAAAUAGCAGUGCCAUGAAUUUGAAAGGAGCGCAAACAAAUGUCUCCAAAAAACAGGUAACAAAGCCCCAGGUGAAAACUGUGGACAGUGAUGCUGAAAAAUCUUCAAAAGCAAACAAAAACUGUGUCAGUGAUGCCAAAAAGACAAAAAAAUUUCAAAGCGGAGCAAAAGAUCUUACUGUGAAAAAUAAAACUGAUGAAAACAGCAACUCAGAUAAAAAUUUAACUGAUAAUCCAAAAUCAAAACCACAAUCAAAAGAUUUCAAAGUUUCUUUUAAGACUCAGAUUGUUUCACCUGAAUCGUGCACCACUCCGAGUGUGACGUCUGCUAAAACAAGAAGCAUGUCUGCUGUUUCAUCAAAAUCUGUUAAUUCAACCAUUAGUGCUGCAUCAUGUAAAACAAAUGUGUCAUCUGUUGUCGGUAAUGUUGGGGAGGCGGUAGUAAGAAAUCGUAAUGUGUCUGCUGUGAGUUCUAAGUCUGUAAAUUCUUCAAAUUCUGACCAAAGUUUCAAAAAUGGUGAUAAAGCUAAAACAGCUGUUGAUGUAGAGAAAAAUAAAGCUUCGGAAACCCAAAAUGAUAAUAGCCAUCAAAAUGAAAAUGUAGUAGAGAGCAGUAAUCGCGAUAAAUCCAACUCAAGUUCUUUCAAACCAGUUUCAGUAGUUGCAAAAUCAGUUAAAGACAGUCAACUCCAAACCCUUAAAAACCAAAACACUAACUCAAACCCAUCUGUUAAAACUGACUGUCCGAAGCCAACUAGUGUUCAACAAUCAUCAAAACCCAGUGUUUCUUGUCCAACUAAAAACAAAAUUCCUGCUAAGAAAGUCUCAUCUUUGUUAAAAGUUAUGGGUAUAAAGACUGCUUCAAAUGUUAAAGAAUCUUCAGAUUUCCAACAAACUUCUAAAGUACAAAUAAAUCAGGGUAAAAGUAGAAAUCCUCAAAUGAUAUCUCAGAGCUUGACCAGCAUUCAAACUCCUAAAACUCCCAGAAAAGAUGCAGUUAUUACUGUGCCAUCAGCAGCUACUACUGCUGCUUCUGGGAGUUCAGCUGCCGUCUCAAGGAAGUCUUCUGCAGCUUCAGGGAGUUCCUCUGCUGCUUCAGGGAACUCCUCAAAAGCAGGAUGUUCACAGAAGUAUAGAAUAAACUCUGCAGGAUCCCAGUCGAGUGUACCACCGCCUAAACGAUCUGCAUCACCUGCAAAAAUGAUUUCUGUUCAGAAAUCACAUUUGAUGCCAAAGACUAGUGCUAGUACGAACAAUAAAAACUCUGCUCGAUCUUGUACCAUCAGUGGAAUUCAAGUGACCUUAUCUGAAUCCAGUACUCCAACUCCAGAUAAAAGUGUAAAAAUAAAAACAGAAUUAAGGAAAUCUUCUUCCAGCUCAAGCAUUAAUGCCCAUGAAGAAUCUUCCGGUUUAAAAACCUCCAAAUCUGAAUCUCAUAUACCCAAAUCUUCCCACAAGAAGAAGCAUUUAGAACCCAAAGAACCUCUUGUUCGUAUAUCUGUUCCCGGUGAAGAGCCAAAAGUGAAUUUAUCGCAACAGAAUCUGAACGAUUUUCUCGCAGAAAUGCACACACCUGUGAUCGUUAAUCCAUUUGAAAAUUUUGUUGCUCAUAACAACGAGGAUGCAGAAAAUCUGAAUCGUGUUUCUGAAAAGAAACCUGACUAUUCAAUCGCAAAAUCUAAAAAGGAUGCCACAGUAAAAAAUAAGACCCAAACCAAAGCAAAACCUAUAAAGAGUGCAAGAAAACCCAGGGCACCGUCGUCAGCUUCUAGUCGACAGACUUCUGCUGGCAAGAAAAAAGGUGGGAAAUGUAAAACUUCAAAUAACACUGAUCAAGUUCGUCCUAAAAGUGGCCGAGUUCCAAAGAGAGUCAAGUCGGCGAAGCGCAGCAAAAAGGGUACAAGUUUAGCUGACCAUGCUGCUAAACAUGAUGUAGCAUUGAUUUCUGGGAUUGGUUGGCAGUUAGCCACUGGUUGCAUUGACAACUCUGAUGUUAAAGUGGCUACUUUCAUUGGUUCCGAUUCGGAUGUGUCAGACAUUUACGAUGAUCCUGAUAUCAAUACAGAACGUGAUCUGUUACCGUCUCCAUGUCCUUCACCUUUAACACCUGUCAUUCUCCCCAGAUACUGUGAGGUCAAAUAUGAAGAUGAAUCACCUGAAGUAAAAUUUCCACCAAUCUUUUCGGACAGCAACCAUGACGAUUUCAAUUCAGAUGGAUAUAAUGAAAUAACAGCGUCCCUUCACAGAGAAAUACUGAGGAACAAAAUGACUCCAAUUCCAGAAUCUCCUGGGAAUUCGUUAGGUUCCUUGGUAACAAAACCCAAAGCAAACUUUUAUGAAGCUAUAACUGAAGAUAUUAGCCCAGGAAACCAAGCAAAUAGGGAUGUUAGAUCAAAAAACUGUAUAAACUCUGCACAACAAGGUGAAGGUCAUUUAGAGGGUAAUCAAUAUGAAUCUCAGUCAAAAUUUAAGGAGUAUACAACAAAUGAUCGCAACAGCAGAUCUGGUUGUGUUUCACCAGAAUCAGAUGAAAAUGAAGAAAAUAUUAACGAGGUUAUUGACGAAAUAUUAAACCUGACCUCAUCAUCCUUGAACUCUACACUGAAAUCCAACAAGUCGAUUAGAUCUACCAACAGCACUUUAACAGAUGUUGAUGCACGAAUAUUGCGCGAACUUCGGAAACCUGUUGCUGGUUUUCAUGCUAAAUGUGCUGAAAGUGAUGAUGAUGAUGGUUCAGAUGAAUCUAUCAUCGAGGUAACCCCACCAAAGAUCAAGGUCACUUCUCAAGCAGAUGAUGAAGGUUCAAAGUUUAAUGAUGAAGUUAAUGUGCGAGCAGAAGCCAAAGAGUUAGCAAAGGUUGUUCGAACAUUUGGUAAUCUUGAACUGCAUGCUGGUGGAUCUUUUAGAUCAACUAGUAAACGGUCUGGGCGACGAGACUAUCCCUCCAUACAACCAGACUCAAGCCUUCGGAAGCCUCCUUCCGGUCGCGCUUUAUCUCCAGGGAUCAGAGGUCACGGUCGUUUCCAAGAACUCAAACCAGUCAGUCCAAGAAUGAAAGAAUUAAGAAUGGAUCCAAGACGAUCGUCGGAAAAGAAAUCGCCAGAAGAUGCAGUUUUAGAACAGUUACAUGAAGUAGUUGAUGCGGAAAUGCUCGUCCAGUCUCUUGUUCAUGUUAUUAAAGAAGAUGCGAACAAUUCUAAUCAGAUCAGCCAUUUAUCCCAGAGAAGAGGAAGUGGUGCCAGUUCAGCUUGUACAAGUGACAGUUUAACCUCGACUAUAGAUGAGACUAUCCAGUGGAAAAAAGGCAAUGUUUUAGGAAAAGGAGCAUUUGGAGUGGUGUUUUGUGGUUUAACAAAUGAAGGGGAGUUGAUCGCUGUUAAACAAAUUGAACUCAAUUCCAUGGAUCAUGAAAAAGCUCAGAGGGAGUACGAGAAAGUCCAGGAGGAAGUUGAACUCUUAAAGAAUCUCAAACAUCAGAACAUCGUUGGAUAUCUUGGCACGAGUUUUGAAGAUAGCAUCGUCAGUAUAUUCAUGCAGUUUGUCCCUGGUGGAUCGCUGGCUAAUGUUCUUGGUCGGUUUGGAGCGUUGGAGGAGUCAGUGUUUCGUCGAUACACCAAACAGAUUCUAGAAGGUGUUGAAUAUCUCCAUAACAACGAGGUUAUUCAUAGAGAUAUAAAGGGAGGUAAUGUGAUGCUGAUGCCAAAUGGUAUAAUUAAACUCAUUGAUUUUGGAUGUGCCAAACGUCUGUGCUUUAACCUAAGUAUGAGCCAAUCACAGAUUCUCAAAUCCAUGAAAGGAACUCCAUAUUGGAUGGCACCUGAAGUUGUCAGUGAAACUGGUCAUGGGAAAAAAUCUGACAUUUGGAGUAUUGGUUGUACUGUAUUUGAGAUGGCCACCAGAAAACCUCCAUGGUCUAAUAUGAACCCUAUGGCUGCCAUUUUUGCAAUUGGUUCUAAUCGACCAGUGCCUGAAUUAGCAGAAACAUUUUCUCUUCUAGCCAGAAAGUUUGUUAGUGAUUGUCUAACUCGUGAUCAAAAUGAUCGACCAUCAGCGACUGAAUUAUUGUCUCAUCCGUUUAUCAUAAAGAAACCACCUUCCAGAAAAUAACAAGUCAACUACCUCCACUGAUGAAAUCAUUCUGAAUUGCCAUUAAAUGAACAACCUCGCAUGCUGAAAAAUGUUUGAUGUUCCUUGGACCUUCUCACACCCGAGAUAUGAGAAUAGCUUUCUGUAUCAAAAAAUCAUUUACUAGUUCAUGUGGAGCCACAACUGUGUAAGGUAAAGGGUGGUCUAAGGUGCCCUCAUCAAUUUAAGUAUAUUAUAUUGUGAAUUAAAAUCAUCUCAAUAUAUAGAACAGCUGGUGGAUUACAUAAAAAGUACAACAAAAGUCUUGGUUAUUCUGGUGCAUUUUUUAUUUGUUUGUGAUGUGCCAAAAUUUGAAUUGUGAUACUGAAAUGCUGCUUGUAGGGAAUAUAAUUCUUGGAACAUGUCAACAUGUAUUAUUUAUUUUUAAACGUGGAUAAAAAUCCUAUUAUCGUGUAGGUUUGGAAUAGAAGUAUAAAUUAUCUACUGGUGAUUCUGUGCAGUUACAUGACAGAGGUCGAUGUUAGCCAUGUUUGAAAAUGUUUUUUGAAAAAUAUGCUAGUUUAAAUUGACCAGUGAAUCCAGAGACAUUUCGGUCAUUUUUUAUCUCAAGUGGUCAUGACCGGCAUAUAUAACCAAGCUAGAACCCAUCCUGUCGAAGCUAAUUAGAAAUUAAUGAACACCAGAGAAAAUAUAUGAAUAUCAGUGGAUACAUCAAGUUUCUGGGUUGGUCGCUACUAAAGUGAGCUAUUUAUGCGUUUUCAAGAGAGUGAUGUUUUAGAGAAUGUGCAAGUUGAAAACUAAAUAGAAGUAUUUAUGAAUAUUUUAAAAGUGUAUGUGUGUUGUGUUUUAUAUCUUAGGAAAUAAUAAGUGUACCAAAGUUGAAACAUAUCAAUUUGAUAUUUUAUUUACUGCGUGCCUGGAAAUAGGGAUUUAACGAACUAGCAUUUAACAAUUUGAGCUUUGUGCGGGACGUAUUGAUAAAAGACAAAUCUGUGCUGGACAAAAUGACAGAUACCCAAGGGAUUAUGACUGACAAAGUCUAAAUUUUUUCCAGACAAUGUCCAGGACAGGUACCUGGUUUCCAGGCUCAUUAUUUUAUUUAUUACAAAAUUGUUGUACAAAUUAGUAUAGUGGAUAGAUAGCGUGCAGUUUUCCAGUGAAAACGAUUUGAAAAGGGUGUUAUAUAUAUAUAUAUAAUCUGUGAUAUAAGCUCAUAUACAUAACGACCUAUGUGUGGAAUUAUUUUUUUUACUGCUGAUGUGUGACCUUAUUUACUGCUGUAUGGAUGCGGUUUACGUGAUGCAAAAAAACCUAGAAGGCAAUUACAUUCAACAUUUGUUUUAAAAGAAUCACUGCUGAUAAAUUGUAACAGAUUUAUAAUUAUAUUGUUUUUGAUUAUUUUAAUUUUACCCUUUAGCACUUGGUACAUGUAAAUAAAGACUAACUCAGGUCCUUGAAAAUAAAUCAGAGAAAAGUUGUUAGGUUUUUUUUUCAUGCCAGCUUCAGAUCAUAAGGUCUGUGUCAUUGAUACCAGUUUUAUGGUUUUAAUCUCAUGCUUGUACAUGAUAUGACACAAUACAACAUGACUGCUAGGUCGUUAAUCGUUCACAUCUAUGCAAAUGAUUCAGUAAAUUUGAAGCACUAAAAGGUAGAAGGAGUCUUAGGCAGGCCAAAUGCUAAAGGGUUGAGUUAUUUUUUGUGAUUAAUUUGAUCAUGUGUAUAUCUUGUUUAUGAUACAAAUACGUUUUUUUUUUUGUUUUUUUUUUAAUCAUAACCAUAUCUGGGAUUCCCUAUUGGUGUUUUUAUACACUUAUUAGUUUUUUUUAAAAUUGUUGUACUAACCUGUAAAUAUGUAUAAAUAUAUUUAUAAUUCCCCUAUUAACUCAACGUCUUUCCCUAUUAACUCAACGUCUUUCCCUAUUAGCUCAACCCCUUUCCCUAUUAACUUAACCUCUUUCCCUGUUAACUCAAACCCUUCCCCUAUUAACUCAACCCCUAUCCCUAUUUUGUAUAAUGAGUGACAAAAGAUUAUUACAAAAUAUCUAGCUGUGGUAAGACUUUUUGUAAAUAAAUAUUUUGAUUGUAAUAUAAUAAUCCAGCAAAUGGCAUUAAAAUAUUCUGUGAUGGAAAUAAUCAAAUAAACAAUCAGGGACAAAUCCAGAACUUUCAGCAGGGUUGGGGAGGGGGGAGCAAAAAUUUAAGAUCUUUAUAUUUAAAUGUAGCAGUGACAAUUUGUAAGUGGCAAAGGUGUGAAAAGCACACAACUGGGGCCUGAGGGUAUAACUAACCCGAGAAAAUUUUGAAAAAUGGAAGGCUGUGGAUAUUAUAUCUGUCUGUUUCGAACCCUGUUGACCACCACAUCAAAUCUGUAAAUCAGAGUGUCAGAACUUCUAACUUAAAAGAUAAAUAUGAAACAGUGUUGAUAAAGAUUAUAGAAAAACUAUGUUUUGUACAAAGUCCAAACUUUAAUAUAAAUAAAAGAAAAACCUAAAUCGUGGUGCAAAAUUAAUCUGUUAUUUAUUUUCAGGUAUUAAAGGGCAUCUAACGGAAACAUAUUUUCAUAAACAUAGCUAUUUACGGUAUUAUCGUAUAUCUGUUUUAAUCUGUUGUAUAUAACCAGAAAGUAUUGAAUACAUCAUCUAAUACAUAUGUAAAGAGCUAUUUUCUAAAACGCCAUAUCCAUUUCAGGUUUUCGUAAAAAGACCAUUAAGUUUUCAUUCAAUAAAACAAGAGCUAAAUAAAAUUUAAUUUUUACCUUCUAAACUCAUAGGCCACAUUGGUUUGAACAUGUUCUGUGGGAAUGCUUAUCAACUUUGUUUCUUGGGUUUUGUUUUUUUGAGGGGCGGGUAACUUAAAAUACAAAAGGUCCUUGUUUGCUCCUCUUUAAGGCUUUUUUUUUAAGUUUUAACCAAAAAAAACAAACUAAAAGUUACUUUUUUUUUGGCCUAAAU